AGCAACUACAAAUAGCGAGUGAUUACUUCAUCCAGCACAGAGACACCAGAGGACGCCAGCGUCCGAGGGUGUACACUCCCACUGACGUCCUCGCUGCUGUCACCGUGCUGGAGAGCAGACAAGAUCUCGAUCGGGGGCAGACCGGCAGAUGCCGCAUUUGCCAUCAUGAUCUGGAACACGCGACGCGCAUUUGUACCACUACCACCACGUAUGAACUGCGCCAGGACACGGUUGUUGUUCGACGCCGAUCCCACGGUGGAAACAGCGCAAGCCACUACAACUGUCGCCGGCGGCCCAGCCCAGCCGUAGAAAUACAGCACGCUCCCGUCGGAGGGUUUCAGCAUCGGACCCAUGGCUCUCGUUCCUCCGCUCCUCGUCGUGGCGGCGCUGCUGCCGCUGGCUCUGCCGCUCGGGGGCGCCGCCGGGGACCUGCACCCGGUCGUGCUCGUGCCGGGCUACGCCUCCAACCGGCUCGAGGCGACGCUGACGGCGGCGUACGAGCCCCCGGCGCCCGCGUGCGCGGGCCGGCAGGGGUUGUGGUUCCCGCUGUGGCCCAACCACACGGCGACGCGCGACGCCAGCCAGGUCCCCUGCUUCGCGGACCAGAUGAGCCUCGUCUACGACGCCGGCGCCGACGACUACCGCAACGCCGACGGCGUGGUCACCCGCGUCCCGUCCUUCGGCUCCGCGCGCGCCCUCAUCGGGUGGGACCAGCUGGUGCGGCAGCUGGAGGGCAUGGGCUACCGCGACGGCGAGACCCUCCUCGCCGCGCCCUACGACUUCCGCUACGCCGUCGCGCCGCGGGGCCACCCGUCGGCGGUGGGCGGCCGCUACUUCCGCGACCUCGGGCGCCUCAUCCGGGCGAGCGGCCUCCGCCGGGGCCGCCCGGCCGUCCUCGUCGCGCACAGCUUCGGCUGCGCGCUCACGUACCAGUUCCUCCUCUCCCGCCCGCUCCCCUGGCGCCGCCGCCACGUCAAGCACGUCGUCUUCCUGGGCUCCGCGCUCGGCGGGUUCGCGCCGGGGAUGUACGUGCUCGCCGCCGGCACCGACUACGGCCUGCCGGGCGUCACGCGGCCGUCGAUGCUCCGGCUGGCGCGGAGCCAGCAGAGCGCCCUGUGGCGCCUGCCCACGCCGCUGGUGUUCGGGGACCGCCCGCUGGCGGUCACCAGGAGCGGCACCUACACGGCGCGCAACAUGUCGGCGUUCCUCGACGCGAUCGGCUUCCCCGACGGGGUGCGGCAGUACCAGACCCGGGUGCUGCCGAUGUGGGAGGCGCUGCCGCCGCCGAUGGUGCCGGUGACCAGCGUCAUCGGGGUCGGGAUCAGGACACCGGAGACGUACGUGUUCGGGGCGGACGGUUUCGAGGGGGAACCCGAGGUGGUGUACGGCGACGGGGACGGGGACAUCAACCUGGUGAGCCUCGCGGCCGUCGAGGACUGGGCCGGGGUAGAGGGGCAGGCCAUGGAGGUCGUCAGGCUCCCGGGCGUGCACCACGGUGGCUUCUUCAGCGUCGAUGCCGCUGUCGAGAGGGUAGUCGAUGAGAUACGCAGGGCAGCAGGAGGAAGCAUAGAGCUCGAUCGGAAAUUCAGUAUCUGAGCGACUAUACUAGCAUACUGCAAUCCAACUUGUGGCAGCUGAACAGUGGUGUCGGUGGUGAGAUCAUCGUCGGGGUUUUUUUUCUUCUUUUCGAACAGACUAUUCAUUGCAACUUGUAAGUCCGGUUACCAGCAGAACCCUCGGCAUACCUCGGUUACAAGCAGAA